AUGCUAUCUCUCUCUCCCUUGAUAAGUUCAUCUUCCUCUUAUCAACACACCCGUCCGCCUUAUCGGGUGAUGUGGAUAGUGAUCACCCUCUUAGGAGCUACUGACAGCGGGCUGACAGGCUGGCUUACCUCUGCUGUCACUCAGGCUGUCCGACACACCCCCAACUGUCGGGAACGAGGAUCGGAAGGUGCCGCUCAGCAAUCCGCCGUGGCUGCAGGAGAGGCCAGCGAUAGCGGGUCUACGGACCUGCCCGACGCAAAAGCGUCGGCGUCAGCUUCAUCGUCUGGACCCCCUCCCAACGCCGCCAUGCUGAGUCCACGCGCCGCUGCAUUCAGUGUUCAGGCGCUGCUCACUGGGCCUGAGGACAAUGCGGAGCCUCGACCACCCUCGGGAGCAAAGGCGAAAAGUAAUGAAGAUGUGACUGACGAAGAGGUUCUCAAAGGUUCAAAAAGCACACCUUCUGAGACAGACGAGGCAAUGACCUCACGCCCUCACCAUGUGGAGGACUCCACGAGAAGAGAGGAGACUUCUCCCUGGGAAACACGUGGUGCAGGUAGCAACAGUGAAGCGCCCUCCCCUGAUGGCGGUGAAAGUGCAGACGACGAGGACCUGUUGGUGGACGUCGAGGACUGCAGCAGCAGCACACCCAGCCCCCAGCAAUUCUGCGCCUCUCCUGAUCCGGGAAGGUGUCGGACGCCCUUGCACAACUCCACCGACAAUCCUGUGUGUCUGCUGCCAUCCCAACAUUUCCCAUCAGAGGCUUUCUCCCCCGCGCCGCCUUCAGGAACUACAGAAUGGCAGAUGCUAAGACAAAUGCCAAACCUGCGAUGGGCGGGGCAGGAAGGAGCUGAUAACCGGUGUGAGGGCGUGAGCAUCCAGCUACUGCAGAGAGACCUGUGGGCCAAGUUCCACAGCCUCACCACAGAAAUGAUCAUUACUAAAAACGGCAGGCGGAUGUUCCCGGUGGUGAAGGUGCGCCUGCGAGGCCUAGAUCCAGAGAGAACCUACGCCGUGUUCCUGGACAUGGCGGCCGUCGACACUCGCCGCUACCGCUACGUGUACCCCAGCUCGCGGUGGAUGGUGGCAGGCACUGGAGAGCCCCUGGGGGAACAGACGCCCUAUAUCCACCCAGACUCUCCGGCCACAGGGGUGCAGUGGAUGGCCACUCCCGCCAUCGCCUUCGACAGGUUGAAGCUCACUAACAACAAGACUCGUGAGGCGCAGGGGCAGAUCGUCCUUCACUCCAUGCAGAAGUACGUGCCGCGGGUGUGGGUGCAGGAAGUGCCUUCAGGAGCGAGCUGGGCGGACCUGCCUCGCCUCCUCGACACCUCAGCUGCUAAUUGUGCCUUUUUCCGCGAGACUUCCUUCAUCACAGUCACUGCCUAUCAGAACCAGCAGAUAACGCGGCUCAAGAUCGAGAGUAACCCGUUCGCUAAAGGCUUCAGGGACACGUCUAAGCAAAAGGAGCUGGAGCGGCGAGGCGUGACGGUGAGCCGUGGGCGUGAGGGAAGCAGCACGCCGCCCUCACCCAUCGUGCUGCCUCUCAGUGCGUCCUCUCCACAACAGUUCCACUUCGGGUCUCCCCUCACCGCCCUUUCACGUCCCUUUCCCUUCUCCGGCGGCUUAUCUCCCCCCGUGUCACCCCUUCUCUUGCCCCCAACACACUGGCUGGGCACUCUCAAAGGCGCUGAUCCCCCGUGGCUAUCCUCCCCAACCAGUCCGCUGCUUCAGACCACACAGCCGUCCAGCCUUCCUUUCCUCCUACCCUCCUUCCUCCCAGCUCUUCACUCCCAGCUGCCCCGCGCCCUGGACCUUUCCAAGCCCAAAGACGACACCUGACCUGCCCUCCCAGUAGCGUCCCGCCGCCUCUGGACCGUCCUUUCCUAUGUACAAAUUGUGUUUGGGUGGAAAAUGGAGUUCUUUUUUCUCG